AUGGCAGCUGCUGUUCAUUGCCUAUCUUCGUGCUUGGCCCUUCCUUCCAAACUCAGCAACCUUUCCCUCAAUGGCCCUUCUACUUCUUCUGCAACUCAUUCCACCUCAACCCACUUCACUUCUCUCAGUUUCUCCGCUAGCCUUUCUCACAAUUUCUUCUCCAAAGGGUGUUUUUCAUUGAGCCCAGUUCAGAGGCCAACUCGUCGUUCUGUAGUCUGUGAGGUUGCCACAACGAAGAAGCCUGAUUCUGCUGAAAAGAGAGCUCGGCAGGCUGAGAAAAGGCGCAUUUACCACAAAUCCCGGAAAUCUGAAAUCAAAACCCGGAUGAAGAAGGUUUUGGAAGCUUUAGAUGUGCUCAAGAAGAAACCAGAUGCUACGCCUGAAGAGGUGCUUUCAAUUGAGAAGCUCAUUGGAGAGGCAUACUCCAUCAUUGACAAAGCAGUGAAAGUGGGAACCUUGCACAGGAAUACUGGAGCACGCAGAAAGUCUCGACUGGCCAGAAGAAAGAAGGCUGUAGAGAUCCACCACGGCUGGUACACCCCAAAUCCUGAAGUUAGUGCUUGA